GGUCAAGCUAGCAUGCGCGUCAAAAUGUAAACGUUCAACGAAUGAGAGACACAUCUGUAGCUGAUUGGCUGGACCUUACGUCUUUUCACCGUAGAGUAAUAUAGCAAACGAAUUGCGCUUCCUUGGUUGGCUCACAGCAUUUGUUUGACAGUACGCUAAGAAACUGGAAGGCUCGGUUUAUAAUUUCGAUUUCUACGGAAGCACAAGGAGAGCAUGGAGACAGAUAAGAACUGCAGAAAUCUUGCUGAUGUACAGAACAUCAUCCUGGUGUUAUCAGGAAAAGGAGGUGUUGGUAAAAGCACCAUUUCCACUGAGAUUGCCCUGGCACUGCAUCAUGCCGGGAAAAAGGUCGGGAUAUUAGAUGUUGAUCUCUGUGGUCCUAGCAUCCCUCGGAUGUUGAAUACUCAAGAUAAGGAUGUUCACCAGUGUGAUAGUGGCUGGGUGCCUGUAUACCUGAACCAGGAUAAAACCAUCUCUCUCAUGUCUAUUGGCUUUCUGCUUGAGAAGCCGGAUGACGCUGUUGUGUGGAGAGGACCAAAAAAGAAUGCUAUGAUAAAGCAGUUUAUCAGUGACGUAGCUUGGGGAGAAUUGGAUUUUCUCAUCGUUGACACUCCCCCAGGAACAUCAGAUGAGCACAUCUCCAUUAUGGAUGUUCUGAGGCCCUUCUCAUCCCUGGGUGCAAUCCUAAUCACUACUCCACAGGCUGUGUCUAUAGGAGAUGUGAGACGGGAACUGACAUUUUGCAAGAAAACAGGACUUCCAGUAAUUGGGAUUGUGGAGAACAUGAGUGGAUUUCUCUGUCCACACUGCACGGAAUGCACAAAUAUAUUUUCCAAGGGAGGAGGUGAGCAGCUGGCACAGCAUGCUGGAGUUCCUUUUCUAGGUUCUGUCCCACUGGAUCCUCUAUUGAAUAAAUGCUUGGAGCAGGACAUUAACUUCCUUCAGGAAUUCCCAAAAAGUGCCUUGUUCUCAUCCAUUAAUAUUAUAGUCCAAAAUAUACUUGAGAAGACAUCUCAGCAUUCCUGAUCCUUUUCCAUAAAAUGUGUUACAGAACAAUCAUAUUUUAUGUUCUCACAUAAGGUCUCACCCAGAAGCCUCUUGGGCCUAUCUAUUAUUUGAGUGGGGAAACUGUGGUGUAGCCUUCAUCCUCAUGCUUCAGGUGCUUGUGCUUUAACCAUUAUUUCUAAUCAUGCUUAUUCUGUUUUGUGUUUUACUUUUCAAAAUAAACAUAUAUUUUGAAAAGUAAAACACAAAACAGAAUAAGCAUGAUUACUACAUCUCCUUUUUUUAUUCUUAAAACAAAAUUGUUUUGUUUUUUUUUUGAGGGGGGGGGAGAUUUUGCUUUUGUUUUCAGGAAUGUAAUAUAUUCCAGAAGGUAACAUAGGUAGCUUGGUAUCUGUUUAAUAAUAUUUUAAUUGACCAACAAAACCGUUGAAAGACAAAUUAUUAAAAAUACAUUACAUUGUA